AUGGCUCUAAGUUUGUUAAUUCUUUUCGUGCUUUUGAAUUCGACGAUAUUAUCUGCUUCUCGGUUGUUAAAGCGAGGAGAGGAUUGUGGGGCAUACCGUUUCCAUCACUCUGAUGACCCAAAUCUAGAAUUGUUUUAUGUGGAUGGGAAAUUGGUGGAUAGAUAUUUCUUCUGUAAUUCGAUGAUAAACUAUCACGAGAACCACUGCCUCAUUACCGAAUAUGCCAGGAAAAAGUACUGUCGAUCAAUAGAAGAUAAACCGCCUUUUCUAUUUGGAAGAAAAUCUGUGGAAACUGUGGUACAAAAAGGAUCAAGAAGGAUUGAUAAUGAUACAGUGUUAAUGGCUGGGAAAGACAAUUAUGGUAAUUCUUUGUUGAAGCCUAAUGUGUUGGCUAUGGGUGUGCCGGCUUUCCUCAUAUUCUGUUGUGCAUUACUUUGCCCAUGCUUCCAAGCAAGGAAAAGAGAUUCCGAGCAGAGCGUUCUCACCAAGGAGCCAACUUCAAUGGAUUCAGUUUCAUCUUUAGAAAUGAACCCCACAUACGAGAGUUUUCCUGGGAGUCCACAGAGAGUGCCUCCAAGUCCAUCGAGGGUGCCUCCAAGUCCUUCAAGAUUCUCCAUGUCACCAAAACUCAAUAAGCUUGGUUCUGUUCAUCUAAAUAUGAGCCAAGUUGUGCGGGCCACACAUAAUUUCUCUCCGUCACGGAGGAUAGGUGGUGGGGGGUUUGGGGCUGUGUACAAGGCUGAGCUGCCUGAUGGCCAGGUUGUUGUUAUCAAAAGAGCACGAAAGGAACAUUUUGAAGCCUUGAAGAUAGAAUUUAGAAGAGAAGUUGAACUUCUGGCUAAAAUUGAUCAUCGUAACUUAGUCAAGCUUCUUGGUUAUGUCGAAAAAGGAAGUGAACGCGUGAUUAUCACGGAAUAUGUUCCCAAUGGUACACUUAGAGAACAUCUAGAUGGUAUUAAGGGUAAGACGUUGGAUUUCAAUCAAAGACUUGAGAUUUCCAUUGAUGUUGCUCAUGGCCUGACGCAUCUCCAUCUAUAUGCUGAGAAGCAAAUUAUCCACAGAGAUAUCAAGUCCUCCAAUAUUCUGUUGACUGAGAGCUUCAGAGCCAAAGUUGCAGAUUUUGGUUUUGCCAGGGCUGGGGACGACCCCGACUCCGAGAAAACGCAUGUAUCGACCAAAGUAAAGGGCACUGUCGGCUAUCUUGAUCCCGAGUAUAUGAGGACAUUUCAACUCACGGCCAAAAGCGAUGUUUACUCGUUCGGGAUUUUAUUACUAGAAAUUUUAACAGGCCGCCGGCCCGUGGAUAUGAAGAGGCCGGAUGACGAGAGAGUGAUGAUUAAGUGGGCUUUUCGGAAAUAUAAAGAAGGAAGAGUUACUGAGAUGAUAGACCCUCUGAUGGGCGAACGUAUAGAUAAGGAAAUUCUUGUGAAAAUGUUUCGUUUGGCGAUCAGAUGUGCUGCCCCUACACGUGUCGAUCGUCCAGACAUGAAAACAGUGACUGAACAGUUAUGGGCAAUUAGAAAGGAUUAUCUGAAAACUGAAGGGAGGGCCUCAUGA